ACAGCUGAUUGGUGUCUGAAAAAGAAGAAGAAAAUUAGUCAUCAAACAAAAAUUGUAAAACGAAAUUAGCUGGAAAUCCCGUAAAUUCUCCGCUACUUUAGCAUUUAAAAUCAAAAAACAAUCAAAAUGAAUCGCCUUUUUGGUCGCGGCAAGCCCAAGGAGCCGGGUCCAAGUCUAAACGAUUGCAUAGCCGGGGUUGAUUCCCGUGCCACAAAUAUCGAGGAGAAGGUCAAUAAGCUGGAAGCUGAGCUGCGUAAAUAUCGCGAGCAAAUGUCGAAGAUGCGCGAAGGUCCUGCAAAGAAUUCUGUUAAACAAAAGGCCCUCCGUGUGCUUAAACAAAAGAAAGCCUACGAACAGCAGGCGGAAUCUCUGCGCAACCAGUCGUUUAACAUGGAACAGGCCAACUAUGCGGCGCAGUCCUUGAAGGACACUCAGGCCACAGUGGCGGCCAUGAAGGAUGGAGUCAAGCAAAUGAAGACCGAGUACAAGAAGAUCAACAUCGACCAAAUCGAGGACAUCCAAGACGACAUGGCUGAUAUGUUUGAGCAAGCGGACGAAGUGCAGGAGGCACUGGGUCGCACCUAUGGCAUGCCCGAGGUGGAUGACGAUGACCUGCAGGCUGAGUUGGAUGCCCUGGGCGACGAGAUUGCCCUGGAUGAUGACACCAGCUAUUUGGAUGAUGUGGUCAAGGCUCCGGAAGCUCCGAGUCGAGAGCCGGGAGCCGAUAGCAUUGUGCCCGGAAAGAGCACAAUUGAAACAGAUGAAUUCGGUUUACCCAAGAUCCCUACUUCGCUGAAGACUACAUAGGCAAGGAGCUGCCAGUUCUCAGGUUUCCAUACUCCAUCCUUUGUUGAACUUUGGGCACGAUUUGUAUAUUUUAUGUGUAAUGGAGCCAUCAAAGAAUUUCUCUCAAACCUCACUUUUGUAACCAUUUGUUUUUUUCAAUAAAUAGCCGGUUAAAAAAUCACGCCACAUAAA